AUGAAGUCUCUGGCCACCACCUACCCUUGGCCUUGGCCAUUGCUGCUGCUGCUGCUGCUGCCGCUGCCGCCAAAGCUGCAGGGAGACUACUGGGAUUUCAAUGAAUAUGAAGUAGACCCAGAAUUACGGGACUACUUAAGGGAACUUGAGAGCACAGGGCCUACCAGACCACCUUCCAGAGAAAGGAUCGUAGAAAGGAUCAUUGCUGACACUGAGCGGCCUUUGGGUGAUGAAGAGUACUGCAACUAUGAGAUGAAGUUCAAACAGAUCCACUACAAGCUUCUCUGCUACCCAGAGCACUACUUCUUAGCAGCGACGGUCAGUCAACUGCAAAACGCCUGCAGGGGCAAACGGGUGCCGUGUAAGAACGGGGCUCUUUUUUGCAGGAGGAGCAUGAGCGUACUAGACGGAGUGCGAUGCGUCUUAGAAAGCGGGGAGAAGAUAGCGCAGUGCACAUACAAAAGCAUCUUCACGAGAGGUUAUGCAGUUAUCACUUGUCAUUGGGACGACGACAUAGAAGAAUUUAUUCCUGACAGUGUACUUGAUAUACUGCCACCCGAGUAG